CGAUCCAUGAUUCCUGACCAUCCCUAUACCGGCCUAGGUAGUGUCAAUGUAUGCCGUUCACGGGGGCGGUAAGCACUAAAAACUACACAUUCUGAACCGACACGCGAUAGUAGUUAACUAGAAACACUCCAUACAAAUAUUGGUGAUUUAAAAAGUUUCACACCAAAGAGGAACGAGUACCGUUUGGCAAUACAAGACUCGUUCCCAGAUAGCACACCUAUACAAGGCCGUCUAACUGUACAUAUCUAAAGGCUUAGUAGGCUUGGUUGGAGUUCUUGCACACUUGUUUGCCCGUUACUUUGGAACUUUGAGACAGCUAAAGAUGAACCACAGGUGUAUCUGGUUAUUCGCUGCGACAUGUUGUGUAUACCUAUCCGUAAAUAUAUCAUCUGUAUCAGCAGGCUGGAGAGGGAAAUGCCGAGGGAGAUGGUCUAUUCACGCGUGCUUAGGAGGUAACGGUAAAAGGUCAGGUCCCCAAUCAGCAUUACCUAACAGUGGGGGAAACAGUGGACUUUUCUUAAAAAAGUUACUUUUACGGAGUGACGAUCCCGCAUCAGGUUCAGACAAUUAUAACGACAUGGACAGUUUUUAUCCUCCCAUCGUACAGGAUACUGAGGAAGCCAUGGAAAUCCCAAUGGUACUGGACAACCCUGAUCUCUCCACGGAACAGCUCCAAAAACUCUCCGAUUUGGUGGACGAGUUGAUAUACCGGAAGAAACUGCGCUCUCUGAGUGAUGAAGCUGGUCUUGUAUAAUACAAUGUGUGACGGAAGUGCCUGUACUUGGCGCAAGACUCCGAAGAUCUUUUCUACUAAAAGCUCAAAAAAGAUGCAGUUUUCCAAUGGACCUAUUGUUUAUUUGAUUUUAUUUAAGUAUUUUCAAAGGACAAAACUAUCGUAUAUACUUCACAGUCAGUAACAGAAUUAGAUAAUUAAGUGAGAAUUUGUUUUUUCCAAACAAUUAUCACAACUUGGAGAAUAAUAAGACGUUAAUACGCCAUACAGUGAGGACGCAUUCUCAUCUGUAGUUAAGUUAGAUUAAAGUGAUCAGUCAUUUUUAUUCAGAAGAAACGAUCCAAUGUAAGAAAACAUAUCAUAAAUACAGACAAAUACGGCCGUAAGCUGGCUAUGUCUUUUUUGUCUAUUGUUUUCUCUUCCUUUUUAAGCAUGUAUGUCAUUGGGUAAAAAUCAAUUUGGUUUAAAAGUUUAUUCUUGGAAUUCUUAAAUUUGAUUUUAAAAUAUAGGAGGAAACGAUGAAGUAUGUUAAACAAUAGUUUUUAAAAAAUGAUAAUAAAAAUAAUGCAUUCCUAAAUUUGUUUUAAUCUGGUUUUGGCAUUUUUCAUAUUUGCUGAUUAUGUAUAAAAGAUCUGUUAUCACAUGUUUAAGCUACUAUGAUAAGGGGAUACAAGUUGGAUGUAAAUACACCUAUCUUAUUAUCAUGUGUUCCCCUGUAUAGACAAAUAAUAAUGUUUAUUUGCAUUAACCCAUAAGAUGUUGUGUACGUUAUGAAAUGUGUUUUUAUAUAUUUUCAAUCCCAUGAAUGGAGCGUUGCAGUCCUUAAAAGCAGCUUUCAAACUCUACCCUCUUACUUGCAUUAAUAAGCUAACUGAUCUUUGCGGUUUUACAAACAGAAAUAAAUGUAACACCGGCCCAUAAAUGUUUCUUUGACAUUCAGCAACAAUGGCUAAACAUGUUUUAUCUUAAUGCCAGUCAGAGGUGAUCAAAAUUAUAUUAUAUCGAAAAAAAGUAAGAUGUCAAUAAUACUCCAUGGAAGUAACAAGUAUUAGUCGGUAGAUAACCAGCUCUCAUUUGUGACAGGCUUUACUUGUUUCUUAUAACCCUGCAAAUGACACGUGAGCGCGCAUUCAUGCACUGAGUCAUAUCACGUGCAUUAAACAAUAUAGGGUAUUCUAAGCAACCGAUUGUCAUCUGUUGCAUUCGCUUGUAAACUAGCACGGUAAUAUUUUCAUAUUUAACGAUACCAAUUUAAAUAGUAGUCUAUAUUUAGAAUGAUACAUUAUAAGCAUUCCUGAAGAUUGAAAAAUAUUUUGCUAUUUUAAGACAUAUUUUGAUUAUUCCUGUUUUUUCUUUGUUCUUGCCGAAGAACUUUGACAUAAAUGACAUUAAUAUAUUUCUCUAUUUUUCGAAUAAAAGCUGUGUCUUGGAAAAGUGUUUCUUUUUAUCAUGAAUUUGUUUAAUUGAAUAAACACCAUGCAUGUA